UUGUAGUCAUUCGCCAUUUUACACUGUGAGCUUCAGUGUGUACUCUAUUUCCCAUCAGCCCCCGGGAAAUGCGCAGAACCUAGUGAGACUGCUGAGAUCCGAGUCUCCAAGAUGGCCACUUGGGGAAGGAGGCGCGCUGGGCUGGGAGGCAGAGAUAGGGCGCCCUUUUCCACGAGUGAGUGGUACAUCGUUCAUGAGAUUUACAAUGGUGAAAACGCCCAGGACCAGUUUGAAUAUGAACUGGAACAAGCCCUUGAAGCCCAGUACAAGUACAUAGUAAUCGAACCAACCCGCAUUGGAGAUGAAACUGCCCGCUGGAUCACCGUGGGAAACUGCCUGCACAAGACAGCAGUGCUUUCUGGUACAAUCUGCCUUCUUACCCCAUUAGUUUUGCCUUCAGAAUAUGCACCCUACUUGUCUCUGCCAGCUGGUAUCCUUAGCCUGGCCUGCUCUACUCUUUAUGGAAUCUCCUGGCAGUUUGAUCCUUGUUGCAAAUACCAGGUGGAGUAUGAUGCCUAUAAGUUAUCAAGACUACCACUACACACUCUAACCUCCUCCACGCCAGUGGUGCUUGUAAGAAAGGACGACAUCCACAGAAAGAGACUACAUAACACGAUAGCUCUUGCUGCACUGACCUAUUGUGUCAAGAAGCUGUAUGAGAUUUACGUUGUAUGAUUUCCACACAAUGCUGAGGAUGCAACAAUAACAAUUAUUUUUUUGUGGAAUUUGUUAGAGAUCGGAUUUCUUCAAAGGAGGAGAAAAAGUCAGUGCUACUGUACUGGUUAUUUACAGCGCUUUAUACUAGGAUGAUGAGGACCUGCUGUCAGUUCAGUAUACCCAAGACGCAAGUUGUAACACAAAAUGGAAUAUAUUCACAAAUGGCAUAUGAGGGAGGGGUUUUACUUUUUAACAUAGACACCUAAGUAUUUGUUGUACCAUACUUAACCAGCCAGAAGUCCAUGUGACCAUUAAAAUAAUAAAAAAAUACACAUACUG